ACUAAAGACUAAAAAACCAAAACGCACCCUCUAAUCUAUCUUCACAAUUGGUUGUCUUUGAAUUGAUUAUCAAAUUUUAGUUUUCAAUAUUUCACGCACGUACAAAAUCCUAAAUAACUAGUAGAAGACAGCACCUAAACAACAACGUCCACACCUGCAUGAAAGGUUCUUUGCUCCCUCUCCCGGUUCCAGUUUGAAGCACAAACAGGAAACAGCUAUAUAUCAAGUUUCAUUCUUUCUUCAUCAAACAUAACAUUGUUGAAGAUCAUCUCAUUCCUACCCUUCCGCACAUACCACAUCACCGCAAGAAACUCCUUUUCUUACUCAUGCCCCUGUCCACUCAAGCCUCAAAGCAUUCCUUAGAGGAACCCGCCCAAAGAAAAGGUACUGCACCGUUUCCAAUUCACUCAUAAGCAGCACACAAUUUGCAUUCCUUUGUUCUAUCUUUUCUUUCAGUUUCUAAGAAUUUAACAGAGUUGCUUUCUAGGAAGAGCAUGACGACCAUGUAUACAAGAAUGACGAUCGAUGAUGAACGAGAACGACUUCAACAACCACGGAGAGUUUUUCUGAUGGCACCGCCCAUGGUUGUUGGUUUUCCGCCAUUUUAUCGUGCUGUUCAGCCAAGGUUUGUGGAGCGACUGCCGCUUCUAGAGCCUAGUCCCAAUAGUUCGGUUGUCAUUAGGCAAGUGUGGGCUGCCAAUGCUGAUUCCGAGUUCCAAAUCAUAAGCAGCCUGAUUGACAAAUAUCGAUUUGUCUCCGUUGACACUGAAUUCCCCGGCGUAGUCAUCCUGCCCCGCAACAAGAACUACCGGAAUCUUAUCCCAGAGGAAACUUACCAAGUCAUGAAGGCCAACGUGGAUGCCCUCAAAAUCAUUCAGCUUGGACUCACUCUGUCAGACCAGCACGGCAACCUCCCUGACCUAGGAACCAACAACAGAACUCACUACAUCUGGCAGUUCAAUUUCCGAGACUUCAACCUCAUGCGUGACAUCCACGCAAAGGACUCUGUGGCACUCCUACGCAGCCAGGGCAUCGACUUUGCACGCAAUGCAGUGGCUGGAGUUUCUUCGGUGCAUUUUGCGAAGUUGGCAGCAGCAUCUGGGCUGCUGUUCAACAAAGCACUUACAUGGGUCACAUUCCAUGGUGCUUAUGAUAUUGGAUAUUUGGUGAAAAUUCUGACGUGGGGUGUUCUUCCAACAAGCUUGGAGGAGUUCUUGGUGCUUGUAAAAGAGCUGUUUGGGGGAAAUGCUUAUGAUGUGAAGCAUGUGAUGAGGUUCUGCAAUCGCCUCUAUGGCGGUUUGGAGAAGGUGGCUGACACACUUCACGUGGACCGAGUUGCUGGGAAGUGUCAUCAGGCCGGGUCUGACAGCUUGCUCACCUGCCACAUCUUUCACAAGAUUAGAGAAAUUUAUUUUUUGGCUAAUGAGGAUGGGUUUAGGGAAUAUGUUAAUGUAUUUUUUGGGUUAGAAAUUGCAAAAAGUUAAUACUCUUAAGUUGAAAGAAAUUAUCAUACAUUAGAUUAUUCAUGUAACAACAUU